ACACACACCUUUCUUCCUCACCUUGGUGUUUUCUUACAUAAGAAUACCUGGACAUUUCUAAACACUUCCAUGGCAAAAUUCAUAUAAAACGCCUUAAGAUUUCAUAAUAAACCAAGUCUGCAUUGUUUGAAAAUCUCAGAGAGAAGUCACAUACAUCCUGUACCAUAUCCACAUCAAUUUUGUGUUAAUUAUAAGGUUUUUAUCCGCCAGAUGUUCGUGUUCGAAUCUUCGGAAAUCCUGUAAAGUUUGGGGGCAUUUUCAGAGAACUUAAUAUUUUCACAGUAACUUGUUUUUGUGGUACAGCUAGAUAAAUCAGGCACAAUGGGUAUUAUAGAGAAAAUUAAGGAGAUAGAAGCUGAAAUGGCACGGACACAAAAGAAUAAAGCUACAGAAUACCAUUUGGGGCAGCUUAAAGCGAAGAUAGCCAAGUUGAGGACACAAUUGUUGGAGCCACCUAAGGGUACUAGUGGAGGUGGUGAUGGUUUUGAAGUCUCCAAAUAUGGCCAUGGUCGUGUUGCUCUGAUUGGAUUCCCAAGUGUGGGAAAAUCAACACUUCUUACAAUGCUUACUGGGACGCACUCAGAAGCAGCAUCGUAUGAGUUCACAACACUUACCUGUAUUCCUGGUGUCAUACAUUACAAUGAUGCCAAGAUACAACUCCUCGAUCUUCCUGGAAUCAUUGAGGGUGCUUCUGAAGGCAAAGGACGUGGUCGACAGGUGAUUGCUGUUGCCAAAUCUUCAGAUCUGGUGUUAAUGGUUCUUGAUGCUUCUAAAAGUGAGGGUCAUCGACAAAUUUUAACAGGAGAAUUAGAAUCAGUGGGGUUGCGUUUAAACAAGAGACCACCUCAGAUAUAUUUCAAAAGGAAAAAAACUGGUGGCAUUUCCUUCAAUACCACGGCGCCAUUAACACAUGUGGAUGAGAAACUUUGUUAUCAAAUAUUGCAUGAAUACAAGAUCCAUAAUGCUGAGGUCUUGUUUAGAGAGGAUGCCACUGUCGACGAUCUUAUUGAUGUCAUUGAAGGGAACCGGAAAUACAUUAAGUGCAUUUAUGUCUAUAAUAAGAUUGACGUCGUCGGGAUUGAUGAUGUUGACAGGCUAUCCCGGCAACCAAACUCAAUUGUUAUUAGUUGUAAUUUGAAGUUGAAUCUUGAUCGUUUACUUGCAAAAAUGUGGGAUGAAAUGGGCCUUGUUAGGGUCUAUACCAAGCCUCAGGGACAACAACCUGAUUUUUCUGAGCCUUUUGUCCUUUCGCUGGACAGAGGUGGCUGCACAGUGGAAGAUUUUUGUAACCACAUACACAAGAGUUUGUUGAAGGAUGUUAAGUAUGUACUUAUAUGGGGAACCAGUGCAAAACAUUAUCCACAACGUUGUGGUAUGUCUCACACACUUCAUGAUGAGGAUGUGGUCCAGAUAGUAAAGAAAAAGGAGAGAGAGGAAGAUGGAGGCAGAGGGCGAUUCAAGUCACAUACCACAGGUCCUGCUCGAAUUUCAGACAGAGAGAAAAAGGCACCCUUGAAAACAUAGAAGUAGACUUCAGCAACCAUAACUCAAGUAGCCCAUAAUAUGACAUGCUAUCGUGGCAUCUGUUAUAUGUAUGAUUAUGUAAUUGGUUGGUUUUAUUCUGCUACUUUAGAAUGAACCCAAUUUCUGUGAAAGCUUGCUUUUUGCUACAAUUGCUUGAUCGAGGAAUAAUCUAUUGUUUAACUGAUGGAGCAUUUUUUGAAUCACUUUGGAGUGCGAGUUGCACUACCUGUGAAUUGCAGGUUGCGUUGCUUAUUCCCAUUUUUAUCCUUUCAAAAUGAUUAAAUAUGGUUUCUACCUUUCAAAUUUUAUAGUUUGAUGAUGUUAAGAAAGGGAUUUGACUCCUUCAUUGUCACACUCCUCUGGAGGUUUGGGGAUUAUACUAGGUAGCCCACGAGAAUAUAUCUAGGCAAACUCCGUGAAAUAAAACUGCAAACUUUGUAUGUAAAUUUAAUGUAAUACAUUAUGUACAAUCAUCUGA